AUGGCGUGUGCUCUUGUGUCCGCUGAAAAGCGCCCUUUGAAAAGGCCACGUAUUGGACAGCCGGAUUUCUAUCCUCAGGAUCCUAGGCAAAGCGAGGAUGAGCUCACGGCUGAAAAAGUUCGUCAAGGGUACCUGUACAAGUCUCCUCUCGCAAACGAGUAUGAAUCGGCUCGAAACCCCAGGCUAGACGAGAAGAUAGAGGAAUAUUGUCUCAAGUAUUCAGAGUUCAUUUUCUCUCCAAACGAUCCGCAAGCCCGUGUUUUUGCUAACCUCUAUGUCCAGUACGCGAUGGAAACCAGCGCUUGUUUGCAGGUGGCCCAAAAUUUCAAUGCAAUUAUGCAGAGGAAGAACGAGGCGAACGCCCUGCAGGAUGCCUCGAAGAAAAAGCCAGGCUACAGAGAGCCUUCGAUUUGGCAUCUGGCAGCAAAGCCGAAAGCGCAAGAUUUAUGGUUCAGAGAACUUUCAGGCAGCAAGCCAUUAUCGAUAUUAGGGAAGCGGGUAUGAUA